AUGUUAGAAGCUGGUCUGGAGAACUUUGAGGAAGGAGUACUUGAUCUUAUAAGUCCAGAGCUUACAGUGUACGAACAAGCAGAUUUUCUGCCAUACGACAAAAAGUGGGAGUUUCCCAGAGAAAAAUUAAAACUAGGCGAACGAUUGGGAAGUGGAGAGUUUGGAGUAGUGUUGAAAGCAGAAGCUACUAAAAUCAUUGCAGAUCAGCACACUACAAUUGUAGCUGUAAAAAGAACUCAUAAAAAUGCAGAAUUCGUUUCUAUACAAGCUUUAGUAAGAGAACUAAAAAUUAUGGUACAUCUAGGGCAACAUUUAAAUGUUGUUAAUCUUCUAGGUGCCUGUACUAAAAAUAUUGGCAAACGUGAGCUGUUAGUUAUUGUAGAGUACUGUGAAUUCGGGAAUCUGCAAAGUUAUCUUUGCAGUCACCGAGACCAUUUCGUUGAUCAAAUCGAUCAAACUACUGGGAAAAUCGAUUUAUCUGUUGGAAAUAAUAUAAACAGUAUGAUAUCGAGCAACAACGACUCAAAUGAUGAAGACAUUAUUUAUUACGCUGGAACUAACGAUUCUAUCGUCUCAACUGGGUUAAACGACAGCCAUAACUCAAGUUACUGUAACUUUGAAGGUUUUGACAUAAACCAAAAUUCGAAGCCUAUCUUCACACAGGAUCUUAUCUCUUGGGCAUUUCAAGUCGCCAGAGGCAUGGAAUACCUAUUUAGGAGAAAGGUCCUGCACUGCGACUUGGCUGCAAGAAAUAUUCUCCUAGCAAAAAAUAACGUCGUUAAGAUUUGUGACUUCGGUUUGUCCAAGUCAAUACACAGAGACGGAAUUUACAAAAAGCAGAGCAACGAAAAAUUACCACUUAAGUGGACCGCCAUUGAAUCCAUUCGAGACCGGGUAUAUUCUACAAAGUCAGAUGUCUGGUCGUUUGGUAUUAUGCUUUGGGAAUUUUUUACACUUGCAGAUGAUCCAUAUCCAGAUAUGACGGCUCUCGAGGCGUAUCAACAUAUCAUCGAAGGCUACAGAAUGAAGCAGCCUCCAUAUGCCACCAAAGAUAUUUACAACAUUAUGCUUUGCUGUUGGGAAGCCGAUCCAGUUCUAAGACCAUCGUUCACAGAUCUAGUCGAGAGUCUUGGAAAGUUUUUAGAAGAUGACAUCAAAGAAUACUUGAUCAAAUUGAACCAUAUGUAUGAAAAUAUAAACGGGAUAGGUCGCUUGGAGGGACACUAUGAUUACCUGGCCUUGAUGUCGUCACCAGAUCGCAUAGAAUUAAUGUCACCUUCCCAUGAGUAUGUUGAUGUUCCAUCUCAAGCUAUGAACUCAGUCUCUGCAAACAUGAUCAAUGACAACCCUAGGACAAUUUAA